AUGGACAUAACAUUUGACCUUUCUUCCAAGCUGGAAAACAGAAUCGAUCAUGAGCUUUUUCAGGAUGACUCAGAAGACUUUCCUAUUCCCGGCAUGAGUCGACGAGCUUCUAUGACGCAGUCCAUGUCGGAAAUGUCUGGACUGAUGCAGCCGCCCACACCGAAUAUACAUGAUCUAAGCGAUCAAAAACUCGAUACGUCUCUCUCUAGGCGCAAAGAAAUACAGGAAAAUCAAUUCGAUAAUCUGAAUGAGCAGCUACUAGACCAGUCAGACUCGAUGGAAGCGCCUCCGCUCCCAGCCCCGAAACCAGAUGUAUCCGCCUCCCAUGAUCUUGCUAAUGAAAAUGAAGAAGGACAACAUACUUCUCUGGAUACAAUCUCUUUCGAAUCUCCGCCUCUGAAUGGGCUAGAAAGUGACCAUUCCUCCUCAUCCAUCUCUAUGCCUCCUUCACCAUCUGAAUCGUGUGCACAGAAUGCUUCUUCUUCAAAUGCUUCAUUCCGUCGAAACCAAAAAACAGGGUCUAUACCAGGAUCUCCUGUUGUCGUAAAUAACACUAUCCAGACUGCAACAACACCACUGCAGCCGCCUGCACCUGGUCGGACGGCGUUUACCGCUGCUACGACGGCCAUCCAAACUUCCUUCCGCGAAGAAUCCAUGACAAGUCGACUCUCCGGUGCUUCGACGCAUAGCGAGCAACAUCACGAACCGACAAGUACUUCUUCUUCUUCCACAGAUGAACCCUCGAUUGCUCAACUCGUCGCAUCCACGUCAAACAUGCCACAUGAGCACAUUGACCCUAAGCGGUUGAUGGCGUACCAGCAUCAAAUGAACGAGCGACUUACGCAAGAAAAUGAAAUUCUCAAGGUCCAAUGUGAAGAGUUGAUGAAGAUCAUGCAAAAGCACGACAAACAGAAAGAAGAGGACGAUCGGGCUCAGCUGGUAAAGCAGAUUGAAGGACUGAAUGCCGUGAUCGAAUCACAACAAACUGAUAUGGCCAGGAUCAAAGAGGAAGCUUCGCACGAUACCCCAUCUGAAUAUGAUCCGCUUCUUACCAAGAUUCGAUGUGCUCUAACGCAAGGGAACGCUGAAGUAAUGCAUAGCUGCAUUAAAGAACUGCAAGAGGCGGUACCUGGUAUGGACACGUCUGUGGACCCGGACAUGUUGCGUCCCAGUGAAUCGUUGCUGCUAAGUCGCAGUAGCUCAUCGUGGCGGCAUUCAACGCCGCACCGCAGCCAUGCUAUGGAAUCUUUGUGUCGAUCCGUGGCUUCCAUGUCAGUUGUGCAGGAUGCAUCAAGAGUCACGACAGACUUGAAACAAAUGCAACAAACCGUGCGCACACUAACACAAGAGUUGCAUGAAACGCGAACACAGCUAGAAGCGGCGUUGACACAGUCCACAGAUGCGAACGCGAGCAAGUUGCGCAUCGAGGCACGACUCGCUUCAGCGGUGGAUGAACUCGCGGACGUCAAGGAAAGUUUGGACAAGCGGCAUAAACAGUGCCAGGAACUAGAAUCUUUGCAGCAAAGCUUGCCACGUCCAGAUACUUCCUUGGACCAAAGCCUGCAGAAAGCACGGGCCGAUCUAGCCGCGGCUCACGCAUUGCAGCAGCAGGCACAGCAGCAGCAAACGUUGCUGCAAGAACAUCUCCGACUCGCGGGUGAGCGCUAUGACCGUGCCUGUGCUGAAGCUGAUAGCGCCCGGCACGCACGUAUGGAAUGUGAGACUCAGAUUGAUGAGCAGCUCCUGCAACUGCAUUCGCUACAAAAUCUGUUGGCGGAGCAACAUGCUGAACUAGGCCAGUUGCGUGGAGAGAAAGACCACAUGUGGAUGGAGCGUCGAGAGAUUAUGGAGCAACUCAACGUGUUUGAGCAGCGCUUGCGCGACGUGCGAACGGAGACGGAACAGUAUGGCUCGGAUCUUCGGGCGCUGCAGCAGAAGGAAGAUAUGCUCGCCAUGCGCGCGAGACAGAUGGACGAGGAAUGCGCGCGACUUGUGCGAAAGUACAUGGCUGAUGUACUCUCUGAAUGGCAGCCACGCCUGGAUGGACUGAAGGAACAAUGCCGCGCACUCAUCUUUCAAAAAGCAUACCUUUCACGCGCACUGCACUCGCAAACGUGGCUAGCAGACCGUGUGCGUUUGCAUAUGCAUAUACUGGCGCCCACCUUGAGGCGCUACGUGCCUGGGUAUGAGCCAUGGCCACCGAGAAAGAGGCGCUCAUGGCGUGCGGCAGUACGUGCCGUGCAAUUCGUUAUACGGCUUCGACAUGUAGAUUAA